AACCACACCAAAGCGCAGCAAAAUGGGCACUUCAAAACAAGAAUCAAAGCACAUGGCGAAGCCUGAAAUGCCAUUUUGUAGCAGAAAAUGGACCAACAGAGAGAAACUUGUUACAGUUACCUUUUCCAUUAUCCACAUCCUUUGCAUUUUUGCACCAUUCCAAUUCACUUGGAAUGCGUUUUGGGUCGCGGUUGCCUUAUACAUCAUUUCAGGUCUCUUUGGAAUAACUAUUUCGUAUCAUCGAAAUCUUUCACAUAGAAGUUUUAACCUUCCUAAAUGGCUUGAAUACUUAUUCGCAUACUGUGGAACUCAUGCAUUUCAGGGUGAUCCAAUCGAUUGGGUGAGUACUCAUAGAUGUCAUCAUCAAAAUGCUGAUACCGAAAGAGAUCCACAUAGUCCUACUCAAGGAUUUUGGUUUAGUUACUUGAUAUGGUUUUUGGAUUCCAUAACUUUGACUAAUAAAGUUUGUCCAGAGUACUUUAUUGAUAGUAAGGAUACAAAAAAAGGCGUUUUUACUUUGGUUUUGAAGUAUGGAAGGCCAAAUAAUGUUAGUGAUUUGGAGAAACAAACCUUUUAUAGGUUUAUUCAUGACACAUACAUUCUUCAUCCAAUAGCUCUUGCAAUCCUUCUCUACUUUGUUGGAGGAACACCCUUUGUUAUAUGGGGAAUGUGCGUGAGGAUCGUCAUGUUAUUUCACACAACCUUUAUGGUAAAUUCAAUUUGUCAUUCAUGGGGAAAACAACCAUGGAACACAAAAGAUUUGAGUAGAAAUAAUUGGUGGUUGAGUUUGAUAUCAUUUGGAGAAGCUUGGCACAAUAAUCAUCAUGCAUUUGAGUAUUCAGCUAGGAUUGGGGUUGAAUGGUGGCAGCUCGAUAUUGGUUGGUACGUUAUUUUGUUUCUUCAGACCAUUGGAGUGGCCACUGAUGUAAAACAACCCUCUCGAACUCACAAGCAAAGGCUAGCUAUGGACAAACCAAAAGAAGGCGUUUCAAAAUCAUUAAAAUAAUUUUUUUAAUUUCUUCAAUAAAUAUUUGAGAAUUGAAAAAUUAAUUAUGCCUAAUGUUUGUGUGCUUUGUUUAGAAGAUUUAAUUCAGUUACCUGUUACCAAAUUGAUGUAUUAUUAUGUAUGUCAGAUGUG